AUGAUCCAGGAUUGGAAGCCGGAGUCAGGGCUGACUGUCAAGAAGUUGGGGGAACGUCUAUUUCUGUUCCAAUUUAAAGAUGGAGUGGAAAAGGAUCGGGUUCUGGAUUCCCAACCUUGGUCCUUUCAACAACCUUUUUUGUUGCUUAGGAACUAUGAUGGGUUUAAGCAACCCGAGAGUAUUGAGCUCGAUACCUACCCUUUCUGGAUUUGCGUUUUUGGUCUUCCACCGGCGAUGAUGAAUGACAUGAUCAGCUUCGCAAUUGGCUCUUCGAUGGUUUUGGUUCAAGAUGUUGAUGAUUCUGACAGUCGGUUCCUGCGAAUCCGGGUGGGUAGUGAAUCGGUGAUGCAAGGUUUGGGAAGUCGGUUUCGAAAUCACGUCAAUAGCCUUGCUUUACGGGGGCGAUGGGUGGCGCAUGGGAUUGCUGAAGAUGAUGUGUCAUGUGAGAUCGUGUCCGACUUUCAUGGUGUGUCAACUCAAUCCUAUUUGAGUUUGUGUGGGAAGGCUGCAAUGGUUUUGCCUGACAAUUCUGAUAGGAAAAGGUGUGAUGAUGAAGAAGAGGCAUGUUCGAAUAAUUUGGGAGGUCCCAUUGCUAGUAAGGAUGGUGGGCUUUGGAGGUCGCAACCCAACUAUUCCUGGGAUUGGGUCGACUAUUGGGGACCCAGCUUUGGUAGCGGGGAUAUUUCUAAGCCCAAAAAAACUAAGAAGUGGAAAAAGAUUGCCAAGACUACUGAGAAAUAUUCUUUCGAAAACGUGUGCCAGAACCAGGAGAUUCUUUUGGGUCAGAAAAAGGAGAGGUCCUCUUUGCCUUGGUGUUAUAUAGUGGACUUUAAUGAAAUACAUUUAGCAAGUGAAAAGGAGGGGGUGCUUUGCGAUCCUCUACUCAAAUGGAUUCUUUCAAUAGUGCAGUGGAGUAUUGUGGUUUUCAAGAAUUGCCUGUUACAGGUUUUUGGAAAUGUUAAAUUCAAAAUUGCUGCAAAAUGUAAGGCCUUUGAGAGGGAAUUUUUGAAAGGUGCUUUGGGUGAUAUGGAAGUCUUUGAAGCGUGCAAGGAUGAGUUGGAGGCCUUGUGCAAAUAUGAAGAAACCAUGUGGCGACAACGUUCUAAAGAACUUUGGUUAAAGGAAGGUGACAAGAACAUUCGUUACAUUCAUGCUUUAGCAUCAGUCAGGAAACAUAGAAAGACAAUUGCUGGUAUUCGGAACAGUGAAGGAGUAUGGUUAACGAAUCCUGCUGCCAAUGAAGGGGUGAAUUCUGCUUACUAUAAAGAUAUUUUCUUUUCAACCAAACCGAGUGAUGAGUCCAUCGGAAAGGUUUUGGAGGCUAUGGAUAACCAUUUAGAUGAUGGAUUACCAUUGCCUAAAAUUAACCAUACGAAUGUGGUUUUAAUAGCAAAAGUAAGCUCUCCUGAGACGGUAAAGGAUUUUAGACCGAUUGGUUUAUGCAAUGUUGUUUUUAAGAUUGUCUCCGAAGCACUUGCUAAUAGACUGAAGUUGAUUUUGCCUCAAGUUAUUGGAGAGAAUCAAAGUGCCUUUGUUCCGGAGUGUAUGAUUUUUUACAAUGCAAUGAUUGCAUUUGAGACUAUCCAUUUUUUGCGGAAUAAGAUAGCUGGUCGGAAAACGCAUAUGGCUUUAAAGUUGGAUCUUAGUAAGGCAUAUGAUCGUGUGGAGUGGGAUUUUUUGGAAUCUUAUGAGGCAAAUUCUCGGUUGUGGAAGCUAGUUUGGAGUUCGGGUGUAAUGCCUAAGAUGAAGUACUUCUUUUGGCGUGUCUUUUGGAAUAUAUUGCCUAUCAAGUCUGUUUUGAGAAGACGAGGUUUAGAGAUUGAUGAUACUUGUGAUGUGUGCGGGGGUCAUGAAGAUUCGAUGUUCCAUGCUUUGUUUGAGUGUCCUUUCAGCAUGAGAGUCUGGGACUUGGUCUGUCCAUGGGUUGCGAGUUGUUUAGAAGACUGGAGUGAUGAGAUUGAUCUUUGGGAUUUCUUCUUGGCCAAAGCAUCACGGCCGGUUGGGCAGCUGGAUAAAUUCUUAUGCACCCUUUGGCUACUUUGGAAGAAUCAGAAUAAUUCUCUUCACAACAGUAUGUGUAGUUUGUCAGCUGCUUUGGCGAGUGUGGCCUCUAAUGUAGUGCAGCAGCUUUGUAAACAAGACUCGGUGCCAUUUACGGGUACUUUGAGCAGUCCUACGCUAGGUUGGGUGCCUCCAUCUCUGGGGUUAAUGAAGAUUAAUGUGGACACCUCUUUUUGUGUGGACAGGAAAGAGGUGGGGCUUGGGGUAGUUGUUCGUGACAAUAGUGGAAGUAUAGUUGAUAGUGCUUCGCGUAUGUUGAGUUUUGUUUCUGGCCCACUUUAUGCUGAGGUUCAUGCUCUGCUAUUUGGAUUCGAGAUAGCUUUGGAAUUGGGUGUUCUUCGGUGCAUUGUUGAGAGCGACUGUCGGGUUGCUAUCGAUCAUAUCGAUAACUUUGGUCCAUGCUGGUGGGAAGGAGGCAAUCUAAUUUACGAAAUUUGGGAGUUGGCUUUGUUGUUUGAUGAGUGCUCUUUUUCUCAUGUUCAUAGGGAAGUCAAUGCUUUGACACAUAAUUUAGCUAGUUUAAGGCUUGAUAAUGUGAGGUGCAGGUGUUUAGCACCCAGUGUUUGUAAUCCCAAUUUCAUUCAUUAA